AUGAAAGUUUACAACAGCACCCUCCCUCAUUGUUUGUGCAUAGCAGAUUUGGGCUGUUCUUCAGGAACCAACAGCCUAUUGGUACUCACAGAGAUUAUAGAUACUAUUGAAUUGGCACGAAACCGGUUGGGUCAUCCAUCGCUUGAAUACCAAGUGGCACUAAAUGAUCUUACAGGGAAUGACUUCAACACCAUUUUCAAGUCCUUGCCAGCUUUAUAUGAGAAACUCAAGAAGGAGAAGGGAGAAAAUUUUGGUCCAUGUUUCAUAUCAGGACUGCCUGGUUCUUUUAUUGGAAGGCUCUUCCCAUGCAAGACUAUUCACUUUGUUCACUCUUCCUACAGUGUUCAUUGGCUUUCUCAGAAGGAUUUCUCAGUGUUCUUAAAGUCACGUUAUGAUGAACUAGUACCUGGAGGCCAUAUGGUCAUGACAAUGCUUGGAAAUAAAAGUGAGGAUCCAUUUAGCAGAGAUUUUUGUACCCUCAUGGAGCUUUUAGCAAAGUCACUCAAAGAUCUGGUCUCAAAGGGGCUCAUUGAAGAGGCUAAGGUGGAUUCAUUUAAUUUACCACUUUAUGCGCCUCGUCUUGAAGAAUUAAGGACCAUAAUUGAAAGAGACGGAUUAUUUGAUUUGGAAAAGCUAGAAAUCUUUGACGUGAAUUGGGAUCCUAAUGACGAUAACCAUAAUGAAGGAUUCAUGUUUGACAAUAUCUCUAGUGCAAGAAAUGCAGUAAGGUGUGUAAGAGCUGUUACAGAGUCCAUGUUUGUUCAUCAAUUUGGAGAAGCUAUAAUAGACAACUUGUACCAGAGAUACACAGAGAUUAUUGCUGAGCACUUGUCUAAGGAGAAUGCCAGAGAGAAGUCCAAGUAUGUUAGUCUAUUAAUUUCCAUGAAGAGGAAAUGA